AUGGACGCCUUUCCGAGGGUUUCCGCCGGUAUGGUUCGUCUCGAUGGGGCCGGAAACCGCGGUACGGGCGCUACGGUCGGCAGCCGACAGGAGGGAGACAUGGAGGCCUUUCCGAGGGUUUCCGCUGGUAUGGGCCGGAAACCGCGGUACGGGCGCUACGGUCGGCAGCCGACAGGAGGGAGACAUGGACGCCUUUCCGAGGGUUUCCACCGGUAUGGUUCGUCUCGGGCCGGAAACCGCGGUACGGGCGCUACGGUCGGCAGCCGACAGGAGGGAGACAUGGACGCCUUUCCGAGGGUUUCCGCCGGUAUGGUUCGUCUCGGUGGGGCCGGAAACCGCGGUACGGGCGCUACGGUCGGCAGCCGACAGGAGGGAGACAUGGACGCCUUUCCGAGGGUUUCCGCCGGUAUGGUUCGUCUCGGUGGGGCCGGAAACCGCGGUACGGGCGCUACGGUCGGCAGCCGACAGGAGGGAGACAUGGACGCCUUUCCGAGGGUUUCCGCCGGUAUGGUUCGUCUCGGUGGGGCCGGAAACCGCGGUACGGGCGCUACGGUCGGCAGCCGACAGGAGGGAGACAUGGAGGCCUUUCCGAGGGUUUCCGCCGGUAUGGUUCGUCUCGGUGGGGCCGGAAACCGCGGUACGGGCGCUACGGUCGGCAGCCGACAGGAGGGAGACAUGGACGCCUUUCCGAGGGUUUCCGCCGGUAUGGUUCGUCUCGGUGGGGCCGGAAACCGCGGUACGGGCGCUACGGUCGGCAGCCGACAGGAGGGAGACAUGGACGCCUUUCCGAGGGUUUCCGCCGGUAUGGGCCGGAAACCGCGGUACGGGCGCUACGGUCGGCAGCCGACAGGAGAGAGACAUGGACGCCUUUCCGAGGGUUUCCGCCGGUAUGGUUCGUCUCGGGCCGGAAACCGCGGUACGGGCGCUACGGUCGGCAGCCGACAGGAGGGAGACAUGGACGCCUUUCCGAGGGUUUCCGCCGGUAUGGUUCGUCUCGGUGGGGCCGGAAACCGCGGUACGGGCGCUACGGUCGGCAGCCGACAGGAGGGAGACAUGGACGCCUUUCCGAGGGUUUCCGCCGGUAUGGGCCGGAAACCGCGGUACGGGCGCUACGGUCGGCAGCCGACAGGAGAGAGACAUGGACGCCUUUCCGAGGGUUUCCGCCGGUAUGGUUCGUCUCGGGCCGGAAACCGCGGUACGGGCGCUACGGUCGGCAGCCGACAGGAGAGAGACAUGGACGCCUUUCCGAGGGUUUCCGCCGGUAUGGGCCGGAAACCGCGGUACGGGCGCUACGGUCGGCAGCCGACAGGAGAGAGACAUGGACGCCUUUCCGAGGGUUUCCGCCGGUAUGGUUCGUCUCGGGCCGGAAACCGCGGUACGGGCGCUACGGUCGGCAGCCGACAGGAGGGAGACAUGGACGCCUUUCCGAGGGUUUCCGCCGGUAUGGUUCGUCUCGGUGGGGCCGGAAACCGCGGUACGGGCGCUACGGUCGGCAGCCGACAGGAGGGAGACAUGGACGCCUUUCCGAGGGUUUCCGCCGGUAUGGUUCGUCUCGGUGGGGCCGGAAACCGCGGUACGGGCGUUACGGUCGGCAGCCGACAGGAGGGAGACAUGGACGCCUUUCCGAGGGUUUCCGCCGGUAUGGUUCGUCUCGGUGGGGCCGGAAACCGCGGUACGGGCGCUACGGUCGGCAGCCGACAGGAGGGAGACAUGGACGCCUUUCCGAGGGUUUCCGCCGGUAUGGGCCGGAAACCGCGGUACGGGCGCUACGGUCGGCAGCCGACGGGAGGGAGACAUGGACGCCUUUCCGAGGGUUUCCGCCGGUAUGGUUCGUCUCGGGCCGGAAACCGCGGUACGGGCGCUACGGUCGGCAGCCGACAGGAGGGAGACAUGGACGCCUUUCCGAGGGUUUCCGCCGGUAUGGUUCGUCUCGGUGGGGCCGGAAACCGCGGUACGGGCGCUACGGUCGGCAGCCGACAGGAGGGAGACAUGGACGCCUUUCCGAGGGUUUCCGCCGGUAUGGUUCGUCUCGGUGGGGCCGGAAACCGCGGUACGGGCGCUACGGUCGGCAGCCGACAGGAGGGAGACAUGGACGCCUUUCCGAGGGUUUCCGCCGGUAUGGUUCGUCUCGGUGGGGCCGGAAACCGCGGUACGGGCGCUACGGUCGGCAGCCGACAGGAGGGAGACAUGGACGCCUUUCCGAGGGUUUCCGCCGGCCGUCUUGCUAUCGCCAGGGCCGGAAACCGCGGUACGGGCGCUACGGUCGGCAGCCGACAGGAGGGAGACAUGGACGCCUUUCCGAGGGUUUCCGCCGGUAUGGUUCGUCUCGGUGGGGCCGGAAACCGCGGUACGGGCGCUACGGUCGGCAGCCGACAGGAGGGAGACAUGGACGCCUUUCCGAGGGUUUCCGCCGGUAUGGUUCGUCUCGGUGGGGCCGGAAACCGCGGUACGGGCGCUACGGUCGGCAGCCGACAGGAGGGAGACAUGGACGCCUUUCCGAGGGUUUCCGCCGGUAUGGUUCGUCUCGGUGGGGCCGGAAACCGCGGUACGGGCGCUACGGUCGGCAGCCGACAGGAGGGAGACAUGGACGCCUUUCCGAGGGUUUCCGCCGGUAUGGUUCGUCUCGGUGGGGCCGGAAACCGCGGUACGGGCGCUACGGUCGGCAGCCGACAGGAGGGAGACAUGGACGCCUUUCCGAGGGUUUCCGCCGGUAUGGUUCGUCUCGGUGGGGCCGGAAACCGCGGUACGGGCGCUACGAUCGCCAGCCGACAGGAGGGAGACAUGGAGGCCUUUCCGAGGGUUUCCACCGGUAUGGUUCGUCUCGGUGGGGCCGGAAACCGCGGUACGGGCGCUACGGUCGGCAGCCGACAGGAGGGAGACAUGGACGCCUUUCCGAGGGUUUCCGCCGGUAUGGUUCGUCUCGGUGGGGCCGGAAACCGCGGUACGGGCGCUACGGUCGGCAGCCGACAGGAGGGAGACAUGGACGCCUUUCCGAGGGUUUCCGCCGGUAUGGUUCGUCUCGGUGGGGCCGGAAACCGCGGUACGGGCGCUACGGUCGGCAGCCGACAGGAGGGAGACAUGGACGCCUUUCCGAGGGUUUCCGCCGGUAUGGUUCGUCUCGGUGGGGCCGGAAACCGCGGUACGGGCGCUACGGUCGGCAGCCGACAGGAGGGAGACAUGGACGCCUUUCCGAGGGUUUCCGCCGGUAUGGUUCGUCUCGGUGGGGCCGGAAACCGCGGUACGGGCGCUACGGUCGGCAGCCGACAGGAGGGAGACAUGGAGGCCUUUCCGAGGGUUUCCGCUGGUAUGGUUCUUCUCGGUGGGGCCGGAAACCGCGGUACGGGCGCUACGGUCGGCAGCCGACAGGAGGGAGACAUGGACGCCUUUCCGAGGGUUUCCGCCGGUAUGGUUCGUCUCGGUGGGGCCGGAAACCGCGGUACGGGCGCUACGGUCGGCAGCCGACAGGAGGGAGACAUGGACGCCUUUCCGAGGGUUUCCGCCGGUAUGGUUCGUCUCGGUGGGGCCGGAAACCGCGGUACGGGCGCUACGGUCGGCAGCCGACAGGAGGGAGACAUGGACGCCUUUCCGAGGGUUUCCGCCGGUAUGGUUCGUCUCGGUGGGGCCGGAAACCGCGGUACGGGCGCUACGGUCGGCAACCGACAGGAGGGAGACAUGGACGCCUUUCCGAGGGUUUCCGCCGGUAUGGUUCGUCUCGGUGGGGCCGGAAACCGCGGUACGGGCGCUACGGUCGGCAGCCGACAGGAGGGAGACAUGGACGCCUUUCCGAGGGUUUCCGCCGGUAUGGUUCGUCUCGGUGGGGCCGGAAACCGCGGUACGGGCGCUACGGUCGGCAGCCGACAGGAGGGAGACAUGGACGCCUUUCCGAGGGUUUCCGCCGGUAUGGUUCGUCUCGGUGGGGCCGGAAACCGCGGUACGGGCGCUACGGUCGGCAGCCGACAGGAGGGAGACAUGGACGCCUUUCCGAGGGUUUCCGCCGGUAUGGUUCGUCUCGGUGGGGCCGGAAACCGCGGUACGGGCGCUACGGUCGGCAGCCGACAGGAGGGAGACAUGGACGCCUUUCCGAGGGUUUCCGCCGGUAUGGUUCGUCUCGGUGGGGCCGGAAACCGCGGUACGGGCGCUACGGUCGGCAGCCGACAGGAGGGAGACAUGGACGCCUUUCCGAGGGUUUCCGCCGGUAUGGUUCGUCUCGGUGGGGCCGGAAACCGCGGUACGGGCGCUACGGUCGGCAGCCGACAGGAGGGAGACAUGGACGCCUUUCCGAGGGUUUCCGCCGGUAUGGUUCGUCUCGGUGGGGCCGGAAACCGCGGUACGGGCGCUACGGUCGGCAGCCGACAGGAGGGAGACAUGGACGCCUUUCCGAGGGUUUCCACCGGUAUGGUUCGUCUCGGUGGGGCCGGAAACCGCGGUACGGGCGCUACGGUCGGCAGCCGACAGGAGGGAGACAUGGACGCCUUUCCGAGGGUUUCCGCCGGUAUGGUUCGUCUCGGUGGGGCCGGAAACCGCGGUACGGGCGCUACGGUCGGCAGCCGACAGGAGGGAGACAUGGACGCCUUUCCGAGGGUUUCCGCCGGUAUGGUUCGUCUCGGUGGGGCCGGAAACCGCGGUACGGGCGCUACGGUCGGCAGCCGACAGGAGGGAGACAUGGACGCCUUUCCGAGGGUUUCCGCCGGUAUGGUUCGUCUCGGUGGGGCCGGAAACCGCGGUACGGGCGCUACGGUCGGCAGCCGACAGGAGGGAGACAUGGACGCCUUUCCGAGGGUUUCCGCCGGUAUGGUUCGUCUCGGUGGGGCCGGAAACCGCGGUACGGGCGCUACGGUCGGCAGCCGACAGGAGGGAGACAUGGACGCCUUUCCGAGGGUUUCCGCCGGUAUGGUUCGUCUCGGUGGGGCCGGAAACCGCGGUACGGGCGCUACGGUCGGCAGCCGACAGGAGGGAGACAUGGACGCCUUUCCGAGGGUUUCCGCCGGUAUGGUUCGUCUCGGUGGGGCCGGAAACCGCGGUACGGGCGCUACGGUCGGCAGCCGACAGGAGGGAGACAUGGACGCCUUUCCGAGGGUUUCCGCCGGUAUGGUUCGUCUCGGUGGGGCCGGAAACCGCGGUACGGGCGCUACGGUCGGCAGCCGACAGGAGGGAGACAUGGACGCCUUUCCGAGGGUUUCCGCCGGUAUGGUUCGUCUCGGUGGGGCCGGAAACCGCGGUACGGGCGCUACGGUCGGCAGCCGACAGGAGGGAGACAUGGACGCCUUUCCGAGGGUUUCCGCCGGUAUGGUUCGUCUCGGUGGGGCCGGAAACCGCGGUACGGGCGCUACGGUCGGCAGCCGACAGGAGGGAGACAUGGACGCCUUUCCGAGGGUUUCCGCCGGUAUGGUUCGUCUCGGUGGGGCCGGAAACCGCGGUACGGGCGCUACGGUCGGCAGCCGACAGGAGGGAGACAUGGACGCCUUUCCGAGGGUUUCCACCGGUAUGGUUCGUCUCGGUGGGGCCGGAAACCGCGGUACGGGCGCUACGGUCGGCAGCCGACAGGAGGGAGACAUGGACGCCUUUCCGAGGGUUUCCGCCGGUAUGGUUCGUCUCGGUGGGGCCGGAAACCGCGGUACGGGCGCUACGGUCGGCAGCCGACAGGAGGGAGACAUGGACGCCUUUCCGAGGGUUUCCGCCGGUAUGGUUCGUCUCGGUGGGGCCGGAAACCGCGGUACGGGCGCUACGGUCGGCAGCCGACAGGAGGGAGACAUGGACGCCUUUCCGAGGGUUUCCGCCGGUAUGGUUCGUCUCGGUGGGGCCGGAAACCGCGGUACGGGCGCUACGGUCGGCAGCCGACAGGAGGGAGACAUGGACGCCUUUCCGAGGGUUUCCGCCGGUAUGGUUCGUCUCGGUGGGGCCGGAAACCGCGGUACGGGCGCUACGGUCGGCAGCCGACAGGAGGGAGACAUGGAGGCCUUUCCGAGGGUUUCCACCGGUAUGGGCCGGAAACCGCGGUACGGGCGCUACGGUCGGCAGCCGACAGGAGGGAGACAUGGACGCCUUUCCGAGGGUUUCCGCCUGUAUGGUUCGUCUCGGGCCGGAAACCGCGGUACGGGCGCUACGGUCGGCAGCCGACAGGAGGGAGACAUGGAGGCCUUUCCGAGGGUUUCCGCCUGUAUGGUUCGUCUCGGUGGGGCCGGAAACCGCGGUACGGGCGCUACGGUCGGCAGCCGACAGGAGGGAGACAUGGACGCCUUUCCGAGGGUUUCCGCCGGUAUGGUUCGUCUCGGUGGGGCCGGAAACCGCGGUACGGGCGCUACGGUCGGCAGCCGACAGGAGGGAGACAUGGACGCCUUUCCGAGGGUUUCCGCCGGUAUGGUUCGUCUCGGUGGGGCCGGAAACCGCGGUACGGGCGCUACGGUCGGCAGCCGACAGGAGGGAGACAUGGACGCCUUUCCGAGGGUUUCCGCCGGUAUGGUUCGUCUCGGUGGGGCCGGAAACGGUGGUACGGGCGCUACGGUCGGCAGCCGACAGGAGGGAGACAUGGACGCCUUUCCGAGGGUUUCCGCCGGUAUGGUUCGUCUCGGUGGGGCCGGAAACCGCGGUACGGGCGCUACGGUCGGCAGCCGACAGGAGGGAGACAUGGACGCCUUUCCGAGGGUUUCCGCCGGUAUGGUUCGUCUCGGUGGGGCCGGAAACCGCGGUACGGGCGCUACGGUCGGCAGCCGACAGGAGGGAGACAUGGACGCCUUUCCGAGGGUUUCCGCCGGUAUGGUUCGUCUCGGUGGGGCCGGAAACCGCGGUACGGGCGCUACGGUCGGCAGCCGACAGGAGGGAGACAUGGACGCCUUUCCGAGGGUUUCCGCCGGUAUGGUUCGUCUCGGUGGGGCCGGAAACCGCGGUACGGGCGCUACGGUCGGCAGCCGACAGGAGGGAGACAUGGACGCCUUUCCGAGGGUUUCCGCCGGUAUGGUUCGUCUCGGUGGGGCCGGAAACCGCGGUACGGGCGCUACGGUCGGCAGCCGACAGGAGGGAGACAUGGACGCCUUUCCGAGGGUUUCCGCCGGUAUGGUUCGUCUCGGUGGGGCCGGAAACCGCGGUACGGGCGCUACGGUCGGCAGCCGACAGGAGAGAGACAUGGACGCCUUUCCGAAGGUUUCCACCGGUAUGGUUCGUCUCGGUGGGGCCGGAAACCGCGGUACGGGCGCUACGGUCGGCAGCCGACAGGAGGGAGACAUGGACGCCUUUCCGAGGGUUUCCGCCGGUAUGGUUCGUCUCGGUGGGGCCGGAAACCGCGGUACGGGCGCUACGGUCGGCAGCCGACAGGAGAGAGACAUGGAGGCCUUUCCGAAGGUUUCCACCGGUAUGGUUCGUCUCGGUGGGGCCGGAAACCGCGGUACGGGCGCUACGGUCGGCAGCCGACAGGAGGGAGACAUGGACGCCUUUCCGAGGGUUUCCGCCGGUAUGGUUCGUCUCGGUGGGGCCGGAAACCGCGGUACGGGCGCUACGGUCGGCAGCCGACAGGAGGGAGACAUGGACGCCUUUCCGAGGGUUUCCGCCGGUAUGGGCCGGAAACCGCGGUACGGGCGCUACGGUCGGCAGCCGACAGGAGAGAGACAUGGACGCCUUUCCGAGGGUUUCCGCCGGUAUGGUUCGUCUCGGGCCGGAAACCGCGGUACGGGCGCUACGGUCGGCAGCCGACAGGAGAGAGACAUGGACGCCUUUCCGAAGGUUUCCGCCGGUAUGGUUCGUCUCGGUGGGGCCGGAAACCGCGGUACGGGCGCUACGGUCGGCAGCCGACAGGAGGGAGACAUGGACGCCUUUCCGAGGGUUUCCGCCGGUAUGGUUCGUCUCGGUGGGGCCGGAAACCGCGGUACGGGCGCUACGGUCGGCAGCCGACAGGAGGGAGACAUGGACGCCUUUCCGAGGGUUUCCGCCGGUAUGGUUCGUCUCGGUGGGGCCGGAAACCGCGGUACGGGCGCUACGGUCGGCAGCCGACAGGAGGGAGACAUGGACGCCUUUCCGAGGGUUUCCGCCGGUAUGGGCCGGAAACCGCGGUACGGGCGCUACGGUCGGCAGCCGACAGGAGGGAGACAUGGACGCCUUUCCGAGGGUUUCCGCCUGUAUGGUUCGUCUCGGGCCGGAAACCGCGGUACGGGCGCUACGGUCGGCAGCCGACAGGAGGGAGACAUGGACGCCUUUCCGAGGGUUUCCGCCGGUAUGGUUCGUCUCGGUGGGGCCGGAAACCGCGGUACGGGCGCUACGGUCGGCAGCCGACAGGAGAGAGACAUGGACGCCUUUCCGAAGGUUUCCGCCGGUAUGGUUCGUCUCGGUGGGGCCGGAAACCGCGGUACGGGCGCUACGGUCGGCAGCCGACAGGAGGGAGACAUGGACGCCUUUCUGAGGGUUUCCGCCGGUAUGGUUCGUCUCGGUGGGGCCGGAAACCGCGGUACGGGCGCUACGGUCGGCAGCCGACAGGAGGGAGACAUGGACGCCUUUCCGAGGGUUUCCGCCGGUAUGGUUCGUCUCGGUGGGUGUGUCAGAACGUAA